GUCCAAGAUGGCGACCAACGACCUCGUGGUGCUGUACGAGGCCGCCAUCGGCUAUGCCCUCUUUGAUGUCGCCGAGUCGGAGGACAUUGGCAUCCAGCUCGAUAGCGUUCAGGAUGCCGUCCAAGACCUCGGCAAGUUUGGCAAGAUUUGCAAGCUCAAGGCCAUCAUGCCUUUCCGCACGGCCCAGGAUGCCCUCGAAAACAUUAACAUGGUCAGCGAGGGUAUGAUGCCCGAGCUGCUCAAGGACUUUUUGGAGACUCAUCUCCCCAAAGCCGCCUCGGUGAAAAAGUCAAAGGUCACCCUCGGUGUCAGCGAUUACAAGCUCGGCCAAGCCAUUGCCGAGGAGGUGCACAUCAAGUGCGACCACACGGGCGUCGUCCCCGAACUCAUCCGUGGCAUCCGUAUGCACUUUUCCAAGAUGCACAAGAGCCUCAAGGAUACCCUUGUUGAAAAGGCCCAGCUCGGUCUCGGUCACAGCUACUCGCGUGCCAAGGUCAAAUUCAACGUUCACCGUGUUGAUAACAUGAUCAUCCAGGCCAUCAGCCUCCUUGACCAGCUCGACAAGGACAUCAACACCUUUAGCAUGCGCAUCAAGGAGUGGUACAGCUACCACUUUCCCGAGCUCUCCAAGAUUGUGGCCGACAACAUUGUCUUUGCCCGCAUCGCCCAUCUCAUUGGCCGCCGCUCCAGCCUCAAGGAUGACAUGCUUGACAAGCUUGAGGAGUUGACCAUGGACAGCGCCAAGGCUCAGCAGAUCAUUGACGCCUCCAAGACCUCGAUGGGUAUGGACAUUUCCGAGAUUGACUUGCUCUCGGUCAAGGCCUUUGCCCUUCGUGUCGUCUCGCUGGCCGAGUACCGCCAGCAGCUCCACGAGUACCUCAAGACCAAGAUGCACUCGUGCGCUCCCAACCUUGCCGCCCUCAUUGGCGAGCAGGUUGGCGCCCGUCUCAUCUCCCACGCGGGCAGCCUGACCAACCUGGCCAAGUACCCGGCCUCGACCGUCCAGAUUUUGGGCGCUGAGAAGGCUCUUUUCCGUGCCCUCAAGACCCGUGGCAACACUCCCAAGUAUGGCCUCAUCUUCCACUCGUCCUUUAUUGGACGCGCUGGCACCAAGAACAAGGGCAGGAUAUCUCGUUAUUUGGCCAACAAGUGCUCGAUUGCCUCGCGUAUCGAUUGCUUUUCCGACUCGCUCACCUCCAAGUUUGGUGAGGAGCUGCGCGACCAGGUUGAGGAGCGCCUGAGCUUUUACGAGACGGGUGCCACUCCCCGCAAGAAUGUGGAUGUGAUGCACAAGGUCAUGGAGGGUCUCAAGUCGUCUGGUGGCGAGGGCGCUGCUGUGCCUCCCAACAGCGGCAAGAAGGCCAAGCGCAGCCACGUCGAUGAUGAUGAUGAGGAGGAUGCCGAUCCUGCCGUGGCCACGCCGGACAAGAAGAAGAAGAAGAAGAAGGACAAGAAGGAGAAGGACGUCGACUCGGCGCCUUCUUCAGAGAAGAAGAAGAAGAAGAAGAAAAGCAAGGAUUAAACACACCAAACCGGGUUUGGUUGUUUAGUUGUCCUUGUCGCUGUUCUUGCGCGUCCCGCCGUCGUGUCGUCUGUGCCGACUGGGUGGGAGGAGAUGGUUUCCUCCUAUCGUUGGUGGUGGUCUCCCUGUCUUUUUUCCAUCCAAGCGCACCUGGCUUGGU